AACAGCAAAAACAAGCUUAAAACUGAAACCUAAUGUGUCAUCGUCAUUUGGUUCUACGAAAUCAUUUUAGUAUUUGUUGUCUGUACACAGUUAUAAUUCUUACUUUACGAUAUUACAUAUCUGCACUUAUCAUGAUUGUUAUACAAAAAUAUAAAAGUCAUUGUCGCUUAAUCACUGCAUUAUGUAAUGCAGUUAAAUAGAGACAUGUAAAAUGUGUUCAUAGUAAAUAGCCAUUACUAGCAAAAUCGCAAUAUUAACUUUCGACAUUUAAGUGUUGUCUGAGCCUACAAUGCAAUUAAUUACUAACUAUCCCAACUCAACAAAAAUAUUUUUAGUUCGUAGUAUUCUCCAGAUUUCUUAUGCAGCAUAGACCAUGCUGACACAAACUUUUAUCAAGAUAAAAUUUUAGUGUAAAAGUGAAGAAGUUUUAUCUUAUGCAAAGAAAGUGUACAUAUCAGUAUCUUUUGAUGCUUUACUGGAGAAGAUAACAUACCAUUAUAUGGAAUCUGUCAAACCAAAUUGAUGCAACUUAUGUGAUAUAAAUGAUAAUAUAAAAUAUAUAUAUUGAUUAUUCUUUUUACAUUUUAUAUAUCAGUUAGACAAUUCUUUUUUUGAGCAAAAAUGACACAUCACACUACAGACAAUCUUUUAAAAGCGGCUGUCAUCCAGAUUGGUGCUGGAGGAUCAGCUGGUUUUGUUGAAGUUUGUAUAAUGCAUCCGAUGGACCUUGUUAAAACACGUUUUCAGCUUCAAGUGAAGACAAUGAAUUUAGAUCCAUUAUAUUACACAGGUAUCCGGGAUUGUAUGACUAAAAUGUAUAAAACUGAAGGAGUAAGAGCAUUUUGGAAGGGAAUUCUACCUCCUAUAAUUGUAGAGACUCCUAAACGCGCUGUCAAAUUUUUUACGUUUGAGCAAUAUAAACAGUUUUUCUUAUUCGGCAGUAGUGCACCCACUCCAUUGACAUUUUCAUGCGCUGGUUUCUUCGCCGGUGUUACAGAAGCUAUAUUAGUUAAUCCUUUUGAGGUGGUUAAAGUGAAAUUGCAAUCUAAUCGAAAACAUAUCAAAGAGAGCCCAUCAACAUUUGCGGUGACAAAAGAAAUCGUUUCAAAGUAUGGUUUGAAUGGUUUAAACAAGGGACUCUCAGCCACUAUAAUGAGAAACGCGGUGUUCAAUUCAUUUUAUUUUGGUUUUUAUCAUUCUGUUAAAGGAUAUAUACCAGUUAAAGAAGAACCUUGGUUGGAAUUUUUAACUAAAGUUGCUAUAGGAUUUGUGUCAGGCACGGUUGCUUCCUGUUUAAACAUACCGUUUGACGUUGCCAAAAGUCGUAUUCAGGGAUCACAAGAUGGUACACAAUAUAAAGGAACAAUAAAGACCAUGCAUAUUGUUUAUAAGAGAGAAGGAUUCAAAGCUCUGUAUAAAGGUUUGGUGCCAAAAGUCUUGAGAUUAGGUCCAGGCGGUGCUAUUAUGCUUGUAGUAUACGACUAUAUGCAUGUGUUUCUUACAAAAAAGUUUAAAGAUUAAUUUUUAAUUGCAUUUUUGGACAAGCUGUGAAAUACUAAGGAUAAGCUGUUUUCCUUUCUCCAAGAAGAUGCAUUUGAUUUAUAUAUGUAUAUGUAAUAUAUAUAUCAUAUAAAAUAAAUAUUCAUAUAAUUUUAUAAUGAAAA